AUGCAAUAUGUGGUUUUCCACGCAAAUAUUGAUUCUAAAGGGUCAAAUGCUUAUCAGGUCCCUGUGAAAUCAGAUGCAGAGAGACAAAGAGUGAUACAAUGUCUUGAAGGUGCUAUUAAGAGUAGAGUAUCAGAGUUGCAUGGGACCAGUCUUGCAUUCACUACUGCUAUGAAGUUAGAUGGUUCUCUGUUUCCUUCAGUGAACAAGACUAAUAAUUUGUUUGUUGCUCAUUCAGGGUUUGAGGCUAGAAUUAAGCGUAAGGGCAGAGUUGGACUGCUAUCUGAUGUCACACGAAUCAUCCGAGAGAACAGCCUCAUGGUUACAAGGACAGAGGUGACAACCAAAGGGGGCAAAGCUGUUAACACCUUCUAUGUUGGAGGGGCUUCAGGUUGCCCAGUUGAGUCCAAGAUCAUAGAAUCGAUUCACCAAGCAAUUGGCAACACUAUACUCAAAGUAAAGAGAAAGCCCGAAAAGUUGAAACCUGCUCCUCAAGACUCUCCAACCAGAUUCCUUUCUGGGAGUCUUUUCAAAUCCAAAUCCCAUGCUAACUUCGGCUUGGUUAAGUCUUACUCCUAA